CAUGAAGGAGGUCGUCAAGACUCCAGAAAUGAUCACGUUUCCUAUAUCUGAGAAGCAGCCUGGCCCACGAGAAUCUCUUAUGCAAUGCUUUAUAAGAAGGAAUCGAUCAAAUCAAACAUAUUAUCUUUUCAUGGGCUCAAGUCAAGCACUUGCUGAUGAUGGCAAGUUUCUUCUUUCUGCUCGUAAGUGUAGGCGGCCGACAUGUACAGAUUACAUGAUCUCUCUACAUGCAGAUGAUACUUCAAAGGGAAGUGAGACUUAUGUAGGAAAAUUAAGAUCCAAUUUUCUCGGAACAAAGUUUGUCAUCUUUGAUGCUCUUCCUCCCCAUUCUGGAGCCAAGAUGGCAAAAAGCUGGUCCACCCGCAUGGUCGGCUCAAAACAGAUUUUGCCUAAGCCUCCUGCCGGCAACUACACGGUAGCUCACAUCUCGUAUGAGUUGAAUGGGUUGGGAUCCAGAUGUCCAAGAAGAAUGCAUUGUGUCAUCGAUACAAUCCCAGUGUCGGCCAUUAAACCCGGAGGCGUUGCUCUAACGCAGACAUAUUUGCCUCUAACUAGCAUCGACUCGUCUCCUGCUCUGCCGUUCUUCCGCCUAAACUCAAACAGUAGCAACAAAUCCUUGUCUGGCUCGGUGAGCAAUCAUGCUGACGCCCCCCUCAUCUUAAGAAACAAGGCACCACGAUGGCACGAGCAGCUCCAGUGCUGGUGCUUGAACUUCCAUGGCCGAGCCAGUGUCGCAUCAGUGAAGAAUUUCCAGCUGGUUGCUUCCCCAGAGAAUGGCGUGGUUGGACCAGAACACGAGAAGGUCAUUCUUCAGUUCGGGAAGGUGGGGAAAGAUGUCUUUACGAUGGACUAUCGCUACCCGCUAUCGGCCUUCCAGGCGUUCGCCAUCUGCCUUAGCAGCUUCAAUACGAAAAUCGCAUGUGAGUAGUACUAGUUUGGAGUGGUUGAGAAUUAGAAUGAUGUUUAAAUAAAGUUAUAAAGGUAUAUGAUUCUUAACCACCUUUGUUGGAUCAAAUAGAAUGCAAUGUAAAUAUUAUUGUUUUUGUAUGUUAAAUCAAUCCUUUUCGGUA